UCCUGAACUAUUUUUAACUUCCAGUGCACAUGGACGGGGUCGAGGAAGAGGUCGAGGUUACAACCAGCCAUUCAGAGAUGGACAGUCUGGAGGACGAGGAGGAAGAGGAAGAGGGGUGGGGCCUUUGGAAAGUCAUGCUGGGAAGAGGGGAGGUCAGAGCUCCAGCGGACGUCUUACGCAAGAACAAUAUGAAGGGCAGAGGAGGAUGGAGGAGCAGACUACAGGGCCAAACAUCUCUUUGAUUCAAGGAAACAUUGAGGACCAAACUACUGAUGUCAUCGUCAACACCAUCUCAGAAAACUUGGACCUAACUCGUGGAGCCGUGUCCAAAGCCAUCUUGCAGGCAGCCGGCCACAACCUGCAGGUCGCCAUCCGCCCCAAACCAGGAGUGUCUUCUGUGCCGUUUGGGACGGUUCUCAUCACAGACGGCUUCAGACUCAGCUGUCGGAGAGUGUUUCACGCCGUCUGCCCUUGUUGGGACAACGGGCAUGGCCAGGCAGAGAAG